AUGAAAGAUAUAAGUUUACCAAAAUAUUUACACAUUGAUAUUUUAAAACCAAUAAUUGAUUAUUUAUUAACAAAUAAUAAUAAAAUAAAUUAUGAUAAUAAUAAUAAUAAUAACAAUAAAUACAUAAUUAAAAACUAUUAUUUAUAUAUAAAUGAAAUAAUUAAAUUAUCAUUAGUAUCAAAUCAUUGGUAUCAAAUAAUAUCAAAUUUAAUAAUAUCAAAUUUAAUAUCAAAUAAUAUUUUAGAGGAAUGGUUCAAUUUAUUUGAAGAGGAUUUACAGGAGGAGGAGGAGGAGGAUUUUAAUAAAAGAAUUAAUUUUAUAUUAUAUAGGUUUAAUAAAAUUUAUGAUGUUUGUUUAACUCAUUCAUAUUUUAAAAUGAAAGUUAAUCAAAAAUAUUCAAUUAUCAAAAUUAAUCAAUCAAUUAUUAAAGAUUAUUUUAGAAAUCAAGUACUAUGUAUUUAUGAUUUAACAUAUGAAAAAUUAUUACAACUCAGUAAAUUAGAAACAGAAGGUAAUUUAAAGUAUAGAAAGAUUAUAUCAAAAAUUUUCUACACUAAAGAUGUUUUUAAAAAUUUAUUUUUAGAAGGUGGAAUUGCAAAAGGUAUUGAAAAGAAUGGUUUACUUGAUAUAUCAUCAAAUAAAAACAACAACAACAACAAUAAUAAUAAUAUUGUAGAAUUAAUUGUUUAUGAUUUUCUAUUGGAAAAUGAUGCUGAAGAAGGUUUUUAUAAUUUAUUACCAAAGGAAGAUGAUGAAUAUGGUAUUUAUAAAGAUCUCCAACCAAUACUCUAUUUAAACACUAUUGAUUAUGAAGGAUCUCAAGAUGAUUAUAAUGAAAAAACAUUUAGAAUUUUGGAAUACUUAAAAUCAAAAAAUAUAAAAUUUAGAACAACUAGUGUUAAAAAUGUUCAUGCAGAUUUUUCAUUAAUGUUUAACAAUAAAAUCAACAAUCAAGUCGAGUCAAUUAGAAUAGAUUCAGAUUUUGUAGAACCAAUCGAUUUGCAAAAUGUAUAUGAACUUACAAAUUUACAUACACUUUCAAUUCCAUUACAUUUUCAUCAAAUGAUUCUAUUACAAUUGGGUAUUGAGGAAUUACAUUGUAGGGGUGGUGAUUUACUUGAACAUACAGAUAAUGUAAUGCAAGAUUGGGAUAAAAUGAUUCAAUCAUUAUUGGCAAGUAAAUCAAUUAAAAAUUUUAAAAUUUUUAAUAAAUGUUAUUUAGGUGAAUGUAUCAAUCAAAGCAUCAAAUCUUAUAAUAAUGAAAAUUACAGUGCAGCCAGUAGACAAGUUAAAAAAUUAUUUUCAGAUGGUAUCAAACAACUUUUAUCAUCAUCAACAUUUAAAUAUUUUAAAAUUUAUAAUAUGCACGAUAUCAUUAGUAUUGAUACAUUUUCAGAAUUAAAAAAUAAUAAAACUCUUAAAAAAUUGGUAUAUAAAGAAAGGUUUCUAUAUAAUUAUUGCCUACGUAAUAAAGAAGAGGUUGCAGAACAUCAAUUUAAUAUUAUAAAUUAUUUAAUUGAAAAUGUUUUUUCAAAUGGUGCUAGUGGUAGUGGUAUGCUUAGUAAUAAUAUCAAACAUUUUAAAUUUUCAUUGGAAUUUCCAAAUAAAUUAAAAUUAAUAUUUGAAUCAUUAUUUAAGCAUUAUAAUUAUUUUCAACUAUAUUCUAUUACUAUUGUAAUAUAUGAAACACUUUAUGAAGAACUUUUAAAUGAAAUUAUUAAUCUAUCAAAUAAAAUUUCAAAAGUUCAACAACAGCAGCAACAACAACAACAACAAUCAAUUAAAGAAUUUAAAAUUGUUAUCAAUAAAAAAAUUAACAAUAAACAUUUUCAAACAAUAUUAAAUGAUAGAAAUAUUAAUGGUGAUAAUGGUUUAUUUGUAAUUACAGUUUCAAAUAAAAAAAGACUCUGCUAA